AUGAAUCAAAGUAAUGAUAAUAUAAGACAUAAUACAAGACUUAGAAGACAUGGAAGUCGUAAAACACAAGACAUGAGUGUCACGAUUGAUGUAAACGACGUGUUUGAAGAAGUGGUUAAACAAAAUGAAAGACUUGUCAAAGAAAUUGAAUUUUAUGAAGAAGUGGUCAACGAUUUGAUAACAAAUGUGAAGACAUGUGUUGUUUGUCAACAAAAUGAUGUCUUAAAAGACAGAAUCAAUGAAUUGGAGACACAUUUGAAGAGUAAAAUAACUGAUAACUCAACUAAUGUUAAGAGUGAAUACAAUGACUGCGACAAUAAAUUACAAACAAAAAGUUUAGAAAAAUCAAAGAAAAUAAAUAAAAAGUGUAUUAAAAUUACAGAUUCUGAUGAAAGUUGGACAACAAAUGUAAAGACAGUGAAGAAAACUAAUAAAAAUUCAAAGAUUGUAUUCAACAGAAAAAAUAAAAUCAGUUUAAAAGAUGUCAAUAAAGUUAAGAAAAAUAAAAACAAUUUAAAUUCAGUUAAUAGUGGAAAACGUAUAAAAUUUUAUAGCAAUGAAUAUGAAACACAAAGAAAUCAAUUAAAAUGUGACACACAAACCAUUGAUGGCAACUAUCGGUGCCAAACAUGUGAUUAUAAAAGUCGUAACUUUGAAGAAUUGGAAACACAUGUCAACCGAUAUCAUCUAAACAUUAAGCCAUACAAGUGUCACAUUUGUGGCCAAUAUUUGGUCGGUUAUACAGCUUUAAGACGACAUAAGAGUUGGAAACAUUAUACUAUGGGCGAAGGUUUGGAUCAAUUAAGCGAUUGGCGAAAAGCUCAGAUCGCCCAAACUCUAUCCAAAUUUCAAUGUAAAUUAUGUAAAAAAUUUAUACACAGCGAGUAUGAUCUGAAACGACACGUGUUGCGCGUCCAUCAAAACGUGAAACCGUCUAAAAUGUUUGCGUGCGAUAUGUGCGACAAGACAUAUGGUCACAAUAAUUCACUUCAAACACAUAAACGUUUACAUCACGGCAUUGGACCGCCAGUUACCUACUAUUAUUGUGAUUGGGAGGGCUGUCAGUAUAAAUCACCAAAUAUUUCACUGAUACCAAUUCAUAAGAAAAUACAUUUAGGUAUCCGUGACUAUGUGUGCGAUUGGCCCGGAUGUGAGUUUCGGUCGUCAACUAAAACAACAUUAAAUACACACCAGAUUGUUCACAGCGAUAAAUAUGACUACCGGUGCCAAUGGCCUGGCUGUGAGUUUCGUACUAAACAAGAUGUUGCAUUGAGGAAACAUGUGAGACAUGUUCACGAGGACAUACCCUACGCACUGGCCUGUCAUUGGCCCGGAUGUGAUAAAAAGUUUAAAUUUAAUAAAGACGUGAAAAAUCAUAUGAAACUACAUAACGAUCCACACCUUCCCUGUCCUGAGUGUAACAAAAAGUUUACGACUAAAAAGUAUUUGAAAGAUCACAUGCAAUCACAUACGGGUUAUAUACGAGUCAAGUGUCCGGUAGACGGAUGUAAUACACGGAUAUCGAGCGCUACUAAUGUUAGAUCACAUCUUAAAGUACAUCAUAAGGAUUGGACUCGCAAUAAGUGAUUACCU